UAGGCGCCGUUCAGCACCGCCGGGUCCCCAUGGUACCCGUGCGCGCGUGGCUUCGGCGGCUGCUGCUGAAGACUCCCGGCCCCGGGGCUGGCAUCCACCCUUGCGGGCCUUGGGCAACACCUGCACCCGGCCUAGGGAGGCUCCACCCCCUGGCCCAGCUGGUCCGGAAUCAGCACCUCCGCCCCCCGGAGCUGACUACGGCAUCAGGCCCCGAGGGCCGGCUGCAGCCCUCUCUUCCCAGUGGUUGGCCCAUGGAUAAACAUGAGAAAAAUGAAAAGGACAGAAAGUUAGUGAUCUGUAUCGAAGGCAAUAUUGCAAGUGGGAAGACAACUUGUCUGGACUACUUUUCUAAAACAACUGACAUUGAGGUUUUGACGGAGCCUGUAUCUAAAUGGAGAAAUGUCCGUGGCCACAAUCCUCUGGGCCUGAUGUAUCAGGAUGCCUCAAAAUGGGGAUUAACUUUUCAGACUUAUGUGCAACUUACCAUGCUGGACCAACAUACGAGGCCUCAGAUUUCACCAGUGCGGAUGAUGGAGAGGUCAAUUCACAGUGCAAAAUAUAUUUUUGUAGAAAACUUGUUUAAAAGUGGCAAGAUGCCUGAAGUGGAUUAUGUGGUCUUAUCUGAGUGGUUUGACUGGAUUGUGAAGAACAUUGAUGUUUCAGUUGAUUUAAUAGUUUAUCUCCAGACAUCUCCUGAGGCUUGUUAUGAGAGAUUGAAGCUGAGGUGCAGAGAGGAAGAAAAAAUCAUUCCAUUGGAAUAUUUGGAAGCCAUCCACCAGCUGUACGAGGAGUGGCUCAUUAAGCAAACCCUCUUCAGAGUGCCCUCUCCUGUUCUCGUGAUUGAGGCAGACCAGGACGUGCAGACAAUGUUGGAAUUCUAUGAGCAAAACCGGGACCAAAUAUUAACUGGAGGGGAUUUGAAGCAUCAUUUAUAGAACUGAGAAAAAUCUGUGUGAUUAUAGUAGGGCCUGUCAGGGUGUGUCAAUGUAGCUGUGAGAAAUAACGUCACUGAAGCGAAUUUUCUAUCACAUCUAAUUGAAAUUAAGUGUGUGCAUGGGUAUCUCUACGCCCAUGCAAAGAACACUCUGUAACAUAUGGGAGCUUGUGAAGGGUGUACCUGUGUGUAUAUAUUUCUACUUUGACAUACUCAGUACCUAUGUACACAUUUUUGUAUACAUGUAUGUAUUAUCGUGGUGGUCCUCUAUUACCCGAGCGUCUAGCAUGAUGCCUGUGGGUGACGUUGCCCACCUGAUUUUGGGAGGUGGCCCACUGAGAUUUUUAGCCUCCCCCCAAAAAUCACCUAGCAUCUCCCAAGCAGUAGGCCAUUUAAAUGACUACUGAUAGGAGCUCUGCUGGCAGAUUUGGACCAAUUAAUCAUACGUGAAGUUGAAUGUCAUUCAUCAUGCAGUUAAGUUCAUGCAGUCCCCGCAAGUAUAUAUGGUCACAACGCUGCUACUCAAGACUUGGACGACUUCUUUUCUACUGUGCUGUUCAACUGUAGGAAGUUUAAUAGUUGACUUUCAAUUUUGGCACUUUUAUUAUCCCAAAUCCUCAUUUUAAUGAUUUAAUUUAACUUAAUCCUUAUUUUGCUUUUUGAUGACCUAGGAAUAGCUAAGCUGGGCUGGUGGAGUGAAAUUCCCCUGACAAUUCAUCCCUUGAUUGUCCAGCCUUUUGUUGGGAGGGUGGGAAUGGGGGCUUGUAUUUAUGGAGAGAAAGCCGGGGAAUGAAUGGAGCCAAGGGUCAUUAUUGUUCGGUAAUUUGUUUGCCAACUGAUUGAGGGAAAUAAACAAUUAUUGGCUUUUUC